AUGUACAGCGAUGCGAUCAUGAUUAUUGUCAUCGCCAUUUGUACGGCACUUCUUGGGGAAGGUCUGACGUAUGUAUUGGUUUACAGGUCAGAAGAGUACAAGAAAUUGCAGGUAAGAUAAUCAGCUUUUGGAACUUUUGAAAGGUAUUACGAUCAAAUCAUUUUCUAUUGAAAUUAUCCUUCUUUAGACAUUGAUGGAACGAAAAACCAAACGAUUGGAGAAGAAAAAGGAAACAACGGAGUCAGCGGCCAGCCGAACGGCCAAGAAGAAGAUCGAGAGAGAAGAAGAACGCCUGAAGACCACCAACAGAGACUUGUCCAUGUUCAGGAUGAAGUCAAUGAUGGCCAUUGGCUUCGUGUUCACGGCUUUGUUGUCCACCUUCUCCUCCAUCUUCGAAGGCCGCGUUGUGGCCAAGCUGCCUUUCGAACCGAUCUCCUGGGUCCAAGGUCUUUCGCACAGAAAUCUGGUCGGAGACGACUACACUGACUGUUCCUUCAUCUUCUUGUACAUUCUGUGCACCAUGAGCAUCCGUCAGAAUCUGCAGAAGCUUCUGGGAUUCGCUCCAUCUCGUGCUGUCUCUCGGCAAGUUCAAGGCCAAGGGUUCUUUGCCCAAACCCCAGCUCAAAACCAAUUCUCAUAUUUGCGUUAGUAACUUAACUCUUACUUUAAACAACUAUUUAUGUUUCUUUUUGUAAUGAAAACGUGUUUUUGUGAGCCUAUGUUGUCAGUUUUUGUAAUAAAAGUUUUUUCAAAGCAACUUUGAAUUAAAAAUCUAUGAUAACAUAAAGGUAUUGCACGCAUGUUUUAAACAAAAAAUGACAUACGAAGAAAUAUCAAAUCUGGAUAGAUAAGUGAUACGCAGAACGUUCGGGAUAGCUCUGUUACCUUCUUUUGGAGAUGAAGGCGGAGUAAUUCCAGCGAUCGGUCGCGGACUGACUGAAGUUAGCUGACGUGUCAAGCAGUGCGCGGAAGAGUGGAGUUCCCUCUUAACUAAUAAUACCUGGACAAUUAAGGAAUAGUCGUAUUUCAGAGAAUUUGUGUGAUUCCAAAAGUUAAAACUUGUUUUACACGGUUUCUCGAGAAUCUACCUCGAGGUCAAGGACAAAGCCUUCGCCUCGUCACCCCUUACCCACUGAAAUCCAAAUAUAACAGUUUUUUAAAUUUUUUUCGCUUUCGUGAGUUUGGUUUUGCUUUAUCAUCGUUUAAAUUACUAUCGUUUGUUAUUUUAAUCAUGGUUUAGUUGUAUAAUAAUUGAUAAUUGUUGUAAUUUAAGGAUGAAACUGUUUGUCCUCGCCUGUUUGGCGGUCUUGGCUGUUAAUGCUGAAAAAGAUCCUCUGAAGAAGUUCACUGAUGCCAUCGAGAAUCCUUUGGCCAACGGCUUCGGAGACGACAUCGAAUGGGUAAAGUGGGAAGAUGCCAUUGAGAAGGCUUUGGAAGUUAACAAACCCGUCUUCUUGUUGGUUCACAAAACUUGGUGCCAUGCUUGCAAAUGUAAGUUCUAUUUAAAAAUAAUGUUUUUAAAACUUGUUAAUUGUCUACAUUAGUCAGCUUUUUCAUAUUCUUAUUGAGGAAUACGAUUAAGCAUUGAAUUAAUUUUUGAAAUAGAAAUUUUUUCAAAAUUUUCCAUAAAUUGAGUCAUUUUUAGCGUUGAAGAAGACGAUGCAACAAUCAAACGCCCGCAAGGCCUUCAAACGCCUGUCAGAAUACUUUGUCAUGGUCAACACUGCUGACGAUGAAGAGCCAUACGAAGAGGAAUACCGUCCCGAUGGAAAGUACAUUCCUCGUCUGAUGUUCUUGGACAAGAACGGUGACCUUCUUGAACAAUUCAAGAACAAGAAAGCCGAGUACAAGAACUACUCUUACUACUACUCGUCUCCAGCCGAUAUCAUCAACACCAUGAAGGAUGUGUUGCGCCACUUUGAAAUCGACGUUCCUGAUCUCAAGAAGGCCGACGGAUUGAAGCCAAAGAAGCCGGCCAAGAAGUCUGACGGUCCAGAACCUCCAAAGAAGCAGAAGAAGGAGGAGAAGAAGGAGAACAAAAAGAGCGAGCUGUAA